UGAGAGCAACUGUCAUACUGCCUUUGAACGCUUUUGGUACGAACUGCCUUUGCUGAAUAGGCCAAGGGCAGUUCAUUUGAACCUCUUCAGCCAUCACUGAGUGGAAUUACAGUACUAAUGGCACUGAGUUUGUCUUAUCUACAGCCUGCGUCUGUGGCAUGUCUUGCUGCUGAUAAUCUCCACAGCAAAGUAGUUCUUGUCCCUUGCCCCUGCUGCAGUUGGUGCAAUAAAAUGUAGUGGGAGGUGUGUUGGAUCCUUGGACUGUAGAUCUUUGUUGUUCUUGUAUCAUAAAAUGGGGUGGGAUCAGUUAAAAAAGGCUCACUUCAGGGAAAGCCUCACCUUUGCCACAUCAAUUUUAUCAGUUGGAUCAAGACAACACGGUGAUGCGCCAUCAUUGUGGGUGCAGCUCCAAUGGAUUAGAUGUAUGUAGGAGUGCAGGCAGUCGAGAUGCGAAAGAUACAGGGUCAUGUAUAAUUCUGCAGUGCUGUUCCCCUUGCUAUCUUUGUUGUGAAGCUAGUGGCCAGAUGUUUGGAUGUAUACUUCAGCAUCCAGAUGGGACUGUCCUGAAGCAGUUGCAGCCACCACCUCGUGGUCCCAGGGAGCAGGAGUUCUACAACAAGGUUUAUGACUCCGACUGUUGCGACAGCGUUCUUCUGGAGCUGCGAGAAUAUCUGCCAAAAUACUUUGGUGUCUGGUCACCACCUACUGCACCAAAUGAUACAUAUCUAAAACUGGAAGAUGUGACCCGUAAGUUUAAAAAGCCUUGCAUAAUGGAUGUAAAAAUAGGUCAGAAAAGUUAUGAUCCAUAUGCUUCAGCUGAGAAGAUACAGCAGCAGGUCAGCAAGUACCCGCUGAUGGAAGAGAUUGGCUUUUUGGUACUUGGCAUGAGGGUUUACCAUGUCUCUUCGGACAGCUAUGAGACGCAAAACCAGCACUAUGGAAGGAGCUUGACAAAGGAAACAGUAAAGGAUGGCAUCUCAAAGUUUUUCCACAGUGGGUACUGCUUGAGAAAAGAUGUGAUUGCUGCUAGUAUUCGGAAGGUUGAAAAAAUUUUGGAGUGGUUUGAAGGCCAGAAGCAACUUAACUUUUAUGCAAGCUCAUUGCUGUUUGUUUAUGAAGGUUCAUGUCAGCCACCAACCAUGCGAUUGGGUGAUGUCACCUUGGCAGAGAAGAGAGGAGUGCCCAAAGGACUGUUAUCAGGUGGAGAUGUACUGGAGUAUAAUAAUAAUAUUCACGUAAUAAAUUCUACAGAGAAUGGAAAAAUUGAGGCCUCUGUAGGUAAAGGCUUGUCCAAAUUUUAUGCACUUCACAAAAAGGCAUACUCAAAGAGGCAUCACAGUCAACUCUCACUAAAAGUUGAAAACUUGGAGCAAGACAACGUGUGGAAAAGCAGCACAUGCAUUACGCAGGAGCAUCUGAACGGAAACGUUAUACCCCAACUGGAGAAAGUUUUCUGUCACAUGCCAGCAGACAUAAAGGAAAGUGCAAAUGUAGAAGUCCGAAUGAUAGAUUUUGCUCAUGUGUUUCCUAGCAACACAAAGGAUGAGGGCUACAUUUAUGGUCUGAAGAAUUUAAUCACAGUACUUCAAAAUAUUUUGGAUAACUAAAUUCUUUGCUAUGUUUUUUACUGGGGGCCAAUGAUAAAGAAGAGUAACAACAUGAAGAAUUUCUGCACUUGUAAUGCUGUAUAACUGGGUUUCUAUUGUUCUAUAUUUUAUUUGUCUUUGUACUUUUGGUAGAAGGGUUUAACUUUUUAUAAUCUCACUCAGGAAAAUAAUUGGUAGUUAAUUAGGGAGUGUGAAAGGAUGAAGAUACUUAAGAUUAAGCAGGAUAGGUAAAUUAGAAUGAAAUGUGUAUGGUUGACUUAAAUCCAAGGAGUAUAGCUGUACAAUAAGCAAGGGUUAUGAUAGUUCUCCUUACAACUUUAGCAUAGAUAACAUUUGCCCACUUAGCCUUGACACUGGGCCGUACCUCUAUUAACAGGUUUUUAGAAAAUGGACUGAAAACUAACAUGCAGGAUUGAUGUCCUCAGUACUGCCCUCUUGUGUUUACUGUGUUUGAAUAACUGGAGUUAACCCUGCUUUGAGAGCAAUCCCAUUGAGUCAGUAGUCUAACCUGGAAGCCAGUGUAUCAAAAAGUGCUUUUCAAUGUCAUGCGACAGCAUUGCUGUUCUUUCAACCCUGGUGUGGGCACUUCCCCUCUUGGUGGUUGUCUGUAGCCAAUGUUCACUGCAGACAAACUACAACGUAAUUCGUGUUGAGGUGCUAAGAAAAUGCUGGAGUAAAAUAUCGUAACAGGCUUAAACUGCACAAUUGCUAGAGAAACUGUUUGUUCCUAAGAAAGAGUAAAAGAAUGUGAAUGGGAGAUGUUCCAGCAACUAAUUUGGUUUAGGAGAUUAAGUCAAUCUCUUAUGUUGUGACUAAGGAAAAUGCCUCACUCCUUUGUUCCGAUGGCCCUUCUCCGAAAACAUUAGUUUUAAAAGCAAACUAAUUGAGUGGGGAAACAAAGUGUUUUGAGUAAGCAUACAGAGAUUUCCUCUAGUCCUUUGCUGCUUGUAUUUUUUGCAACAAGUGUUUCACAUUUCCGCUGCUGGAGAGUACUGACUGGAAAUGAGGAGCAAUACAGGUGAAGGACCCUUUCAGCCCUGGAGCAAGCAGACGUACCUCUGUGUUUGCAGUGGAGUUGUGGCUCUCUUACCCUGGGCUAAGGAAGCCGGCUCUUUUAUUUAUUUAUUAUUAUUUUUUAAUGGCACACAGGUAAGCUGUGUAUUUCGAAAGCUGUCCCACUUCCUUUUCCACAGGAAAAAAAUCAGGCUUUCAUAUAGAAUGUUGGAGAUCAGGAUGAUGUAUCCAAAGCAUUUUUGGUGUGUCUCUUCUGUAUGCUGUGUAUGUGGCUACCAGGUGUGUAUAGUCAGCUAUACAAGAAGUUGGGAUGAAGGAGUCUUGCCAUCCAUAGAGCAAGACUGUAAUGCUUUAAGCAAGUCCCAGAAGUGAAACUUCUUAGAAUGGACUUUGUCAUUGGAAAUGUACAUCUUUUACUUGAGGACUUAAGGUGACACUGUGCCCUUGCUGCUCUCUCUGUAUGAUGAUCUGCACUGUGCACACAUUUGUGUACAUGUCUUUGCAAGUUCUUGAUUUGACAUCUGUCUUCUAUAUCAGAAAGAGAUAAAUACUUUUUCAAGCAAGUACACUGUUUUAAAUAAAGCUGAAAUUUUAGCUGUAUUUGGGAAGUUGGGUUGGUUGGAAGCAGUGGUGUGUUAUGUGUAGAACUACUUGGUCUAAACUUCAGAGGUAAUAGCGGCCAAUACAUUCAAGAACAAAAUCAGUCUGUCAGGAACAUAAUGUUUUUGAAGCAUGGGAAAAGAUGGUUGCAGGAGGGGCAGUGCCAUUUUGUUGAAAGCUUUAUGCAAAUCAAGGCUGAGAAGAAAAUACCAGUAAGAGAAAGUAUGUUUUUCUACCUGGUAUUUCCAUUGCACCACAUAGUUAUAAUGUAUUCCCGACUCUCCAUGAACUAAUUUAAGCCAUAUUCUGGAAAGAGUUUGUGGUUUUGUUUGCUUUGAUGCUGGUUUCUCUGUUAGGAUUUUGUUGUUCUAUCCUGUAAAUGGUCAACACUAGAGUAGUCUAGGCUGGUAGUGGCCUUGUAUGAUAAAGUCACAAUGUUUCAUAGAAAAUAAGGGGGAAAACAUUUAUACAUCUGAAUCUUUGUCCUCUGUAAUUCAUCUCUUCUGGAUUUUAAUCCAUUUUGUGCCAGAGAAACCAGACAUCUGCCUCAAUGAAUUCAGUCAUUGGAAAAUGAUCUGUAUGCUCUUAAUAUAAGCACAUUCUCCUGUCUCUGCUUUAAGAUAUGUCUGCAGUGUUUGAAUGCUCUUUAAGUAUUGAUUGUUGUGUUGACUUUGGCAGUGUUUGUAAUGCACCUGGAAUAUUGUUAAACUGUCAGAAUAUUUUGAAUAAAAAAAAAAAAAAAAUAAUUUUAUCAUGGUUUUUUUUUUUUUUUUAAACCAGUGUUUAUUAUGAAUGUAUUUCUGUUAGUUUAAAAUGUAGCUUGAGAUAUAAUAGCAUUUUUAAUUGGAAGUUAUGUAUAAAGCUUGCUCUAAAGGUGUUUUGGCAUAGUGCCAGCUGUGAAUUUAAGCCUGCAAAGGUGUUAUAUUCACAUUGUUCUUGCACAUUUUAGACUUGGUGUUUCUAGUGUUUUGUAUCUGAGCAGAUUGUCUUCAGUUAUAGUUGGAGAUGUAUUCACAGAAAUUAUUAAACAGAUUAGAGAAUUAAUAAGAAGAUGAAGAGGGAGACACUAAACAUGCAUCGCCAUCGAUCUCCCUCUCAGUGAUGCCUCUUUUGUCCUCUGUGUGGAGCGUACAGGAUAGGUGACUGUAGUGGAAAUCUUUACAGAAAUGGUAACAAGACUUACAGGUAUUUCUGUCCCAUAAAGCUGAAAGCAGGUCCCUUUCCCAGCCUGGAGUGGUUUAUCCAAGUGCUGAUGUCAUUGAUGAAGCCUGUCUGUUUUGAUUUUAAGCAAUAUGAGUUUGAUUUAGCAGAAUCAAUUGUCAAAAGGGAAGAUUGAUGGAAGCAUUGUCAUUCAUGUACUCUCUGAGAAUAUACUUUUCUGAAGACUUUCUACCUAGGUGAUUGUGAGAAUUGUGUAUAGGCUUACCUAAUGAAAGCUUGAAUUAUAUAAAGUUUUAUAAAAAAGCAUUUACAUAUAUGGUAUUUUUUGCAUAUGGGUGGAAUUUGUUGCAUAAAUUACAUUGGAAAUUAUUAUACCCUUAUGAAAUGUUUAAAGUAUUUUAAUCAAAUCAUUUUAUGAACUAAACUGGAGACUUUACUUGUAUGUGAUUCACAUGAAACUUGUACUGUUUUUUGAUUUUUCUUGGCUGUAAUGCAUAGUCAGACCAUUCUUUUCCAUAACCCUACAGUUCCAUGGAGAGCUUUAAAAGUACUCUGUAGAUUAGGAAAUCACUAAUUCCCUUCAGUUUGAUUAACAGAGUGCAUAUGCUCUUGAAAUACUUUGGUGCACAUGAUACUUAAAGUAAUGUUAGUGUAUUAUACACCUAGAGCCCCAGUAAAACUUCCUCACCUGCAGAGAGCUCCUGCCAAGCCCAGUCUGGAUUAUGCAGUAUUUUAAAAAGGCCUUUUCACAGGUAAAAGCAGUGACGGGAAGAAGGCAUUGCCUGCGCUGGCCAUGUCAGGUGGGGGUGUUCACAGCCUGAGCUUAAAAUCCUUCUACUGUACUGCCAAGUAUAGGUAGGAUAGAAACCCACAUCCACAUCUGCUAUUUAAAGUUAUGAUCAGUUGUUCAUCCUCCCUCCUAAUUUUUUUUCUCCAAGUAAGCUGUCCUCCUGAGUGCCUUUGUUGUCCCUUGCCACUAGUAACCUGCUGCAUGGAAUGACUUAAAAGUGAAAUUUUUAUUUCCUAAAAACUCAUGUCCCAUAACUGCUCUUAAGGUAUUGAAAAACACCAUCAAAAUGCCUCAAAUACCGUGGGAAAUGCAAUUUCCCUUUUGUACUCUUUCCCAUGAAAAAGCUGGAAUGGAAUGUUAGUGGAGAGCAUGCUUGGAUGGGAGUCUGGAUUGUAGGUUUUAUGAAACGUCUUUGUGUUUUGAAGAGGACAUUUUGGGGGCAAGGUGGGUGACAGCCAAACUGCGUGAAGUUUUCCUUGUGUUCCUGCAAUUAAUAGUGAGGUUUGUGUUUAAGUAGGUAGCAUAGUGGGAAGCGAUGAAAGUUCAUAUGGAGCCCUGAGCAGGACAUAUGGUCAGGUCUGCAGGUCAGACCCAAAGGCUGCAAGUCUUCUAGUAUCUGGCUGGGAGAAUGCAUUGGGCAUGUUCAUUGAGGUACAACAGACCAUGGCAGGGUGUUAGCUGGGAAGCAGAUUCCUCUCCAUAGCCACAGGCCAAUACUGCCACUUUUCUAUCAUCACAGCAAUGUAAAUGAAACCUGCAGAGAAGAUUGUCAUCCAAAGGACAAAUGUAACUGUUUGAGCCGUGUCUGAAAGGGGAAGAAAUGAGAAAGCUAAGGGUUGUACAGCAGAAAA